AAAGUACUCAUUCACUAAUUAACCACUCCCAUUCUAUAAGUACACUAGAGAAGUAUUUAAUCAUUUGGAAAAAAAAAAUGGCACAGGCAAUGAUGAAGUCUUCUUUACAAGGAGAGGUUGAGGCAGAUGUUGAGAUCAAAGCUCCUGCCACUGAAUUCUUUCACAUGUUCGCAGCGAGACCACAAGAUGUGUCUAAAGCCUCUCCUGAAAACGUCCAGGGAUGUAAUGUGCAAGGAGGAGAGAUGGGAAGAGUUGGCACUCUCAUCACUUGGAACUAUGUUCUUGAUGGGAAGCCGAAAGUGGCCACGGAGAGGAUCGAGGCAGUGGAUCCUAAGAAGAACAUGAUAAAGUUGAAAGUUAUAGAGGGAGAUCUUACCAAAGAUUUCAAGAACUUCAUAGUCACUAUCCAGGUGACCCCGAAGCAAGGAGGACCUGGAGGUGUGGCGAAAUUGAACAUCGCAUAUGAGAGGAUUGAUGAAAACGUGGCUCACCCGGAGACUUUGCUCCAAACUGGUGUCAAAAUGUUCAAAGACAUCGACGAAAUGCUUUCUGGCUAAGAAAUAGAUAUUCUUCGAAUAUCUCUAUAUAAUUAUCUUCUUUGUGUAUUUGGGUGGUUUGUGUCAAUAAUAUGCUCUCUCUAGAUCUAAAGAGAUGUGAGUGAUAUGAAAGUGUGUUAUCAUAAAUAUUUAAUCUGUCUUUUAUGUUAUUGGGUGUUUGAUAAUCA